UGCGAAAUUUCGUGAUAUAAAAAAACACUCUGAAAUUGAGUCACGUGUUUUUGAGUUUAGAAUUAGAGUUCACAAGUUUCAUCAGUCAUUUCUUUUUACGUUGAUGUGAAAAAUACUCAGUAGUUCAAAGUAAUUCAUCAGUUUUGUGGGCGAUGAAAUAUGCCUGGACCUUAUAAGAGGAAGAAACAUCAUACAGGUGACACUUUUUAUAAAAGAAAAUACAAAACGAAACACCGAGAAAAAGAUUUAGAUGAAGUUGAUCAUGAUUUGAACGAAAAUUCCGAACAACUUCUUCAUCAAGAACUCAAUCCUGAACUACCGGGAGAAGGACAGUUUUAUUGUAUUCACUGCGCACGUUAUUUUAUCGACGAUUUCACGCUGAAGCAACAUUUCAAGACGAAACAACACAAGAAACGUAUCAAACAACUGGAAACCGAGCCAUAUUCGAUCGAAGAAUCCGAACGAGCCGCCGGCUUUGGUAGUUUUAUUCCUCCGAAGGAAAGGGAAAUUGUAACGCAGAAUACUGAGUAAAAAUGAAUUUCCACCUGA